UGAAAUUGGAUUAGAGCAGAGAAGAAGAUAAAAGAGUGUCGAGGCCGGCGAGCGAGCCGAGAAUGGCGAGCUUUGCCCCCCACCAGUUGGCGGGGAUCCGAUGCCCUCCGAUUUCCUCCUCCCCUAUCUUGAAGCCGUCCACCACGCCGGCGAGGCCCUCUUUCUGCCCCGCGGCCGUCAUCAUGGGCACUUAUGCCCUCACCCCGGAUCAGAAGGAGCGGCAGCAGCUGAAGGAGAUGUUCGAGGAGGCUCGCGAGCGUUGCCUCAACGCCCCCAUGGAGGGCGUUUCCUUCACCGUCGAGGACUUCAAUGAAGCCCUCGAAAAGUACGACUUCAACUCCGAAAUCGGCUCCAAGGUUAAAGGGACAGUUUUCAUGACAGAUUUGAAUGGUGCACUUGUGGACAUAGCAGCCAAGUCAUCAGCAUACUUGCCUGUUCAAGAAGCAUGUAUCUACAAAAUUAAGCAUGUCUCUGAAGCAGGAAUAUAUCCAGGAUUGGUUGAAGAGUUUGUCAUAAUUGAUGAGAAUAUGUCAGAUGAUAGUUUAAUUUUAAGUCUGCGGUCAAUUCAGUAUGACCUGGCAUGGGAAAGGUGUAGGCAACUUCAGGCUGAAGAUGUUAUCGUCAAGGGCAAGGUUGUGGAUGGAAAUAAAGGCGGUGUGGUAGCAAUCGUGGAGGGCCUCCGUGGUUUUGUUCCAUUUUCACAGAUAUCAUCUAAAUCAGCAGCAGAAGAACUCAUUGACAAGGAAUUACCUCUUAAGUUUGUGGAGGUUGACGAGGAACAGUCUAGGCUUGUUCUCAGUAACCGCAAGGCCAUGGCAGAUAGUCAGGCUCAACUUGGUAUUGGAUCCGUGGUGGUAGGGACCGUCCAGAGUCUUAAACCAUACGGUGCCUUCAUCGACAUUGGUGGCAUCAAUGGCCUUCUCCAUGUUAGCCAGAUCAGUCAUGAUCGUGUGUCGGACAUCUCCACAGUGCUUCAACCCGGCGAUAGCCUCAAGGUAAUGAUCCUAAGUCAUGACCGUGAAAGAGGCCGCGUAAGUCUCUCGACUAAAAAGUUGGAACCCACUCCUGGCGACAUGAUUCGUAAUCCGACGCUGGUAUAUGAAAAGGCGGAUGAGAUGGCACAAAUCUUCAGACAAAGGAUAGCCCAAGCUGAGGCGAUGGCUCGUGCCGACAUGCUAAGGUUCCAACCUGAGAGUGGUUUAUCUCUUAGUUCAGAGGGAGUUUUAAGCCCCUUUGCGUCAGACUUGCCUGAAGAGGGCUUGGACUUGACUGACAUUCCCCCAGCAGAAGAUUAAUUGUUUUUGUGAGAAUCUGGUUGUAGGAGCCGCAUUGUUGUUUAUCCUGUUGUCCACCCUAAAUAGUUGUGACUUAACUGGAUUGAUGACGAUCAAUGUUUCGAUAUUUUUGAAGCACAUGUGCAAAUGAAACUUUUAUUUGUUAGCAA